GACAUUUUACUGUUUGUUAGUGACAUUUGGUGAAAUCUGAAAGAUACGAUGACAUUUCAUGAAUUUUUUAAGUGCUCGGUGACAAUUUAUUGCCGAUAUAAUUUUCUUAAAAAAAUUAUGUUAUUCAGCAUUUAGGCAAAAUGCUACCUGAAUUUAUUAUUUCCCUUCCUUUUUAAUUCCCUCUGCAGCCCGCAGUUCCACUCUCCUAUCCAAAACCCACCACCUCCAUCACUAGCCACCAUCAAUGGCGGCCAUUACCAUCACCACCGCUUCAACAACGCUAGCAAUUUCAACCCUCCACUUCACUCGACCAUCAUUCCUCUCCAUCCACCGCACCUACCUCCACUCUCUCUCUCCUCGCCUUCGCAUUUCUCUCACUUCCUUCCCUUCUUCUAUCGAAGACAAUCCGCCAUUGUUGUCCUCCCCCAAGCUUUCCGCACCACGGAUUCUCCACGCACUUCCCACGACGCGCUCAUUUCAAUCGGUUGCCGAAGGCGGAAAGCAGAAGAAGGCGGUUGUGGUGAAGACGACGAAGAAAAAGAUGGUUGAAGAGCCUCGUUAUUCGAAAGCUGCUCGUAGGUUUUACAAUGAGAAGUUUGGGGAGAAGCCUCAGCGUCUUGCUAAGGUACUUGCUGCUGCAGGAGUGGCAUCAAGGAGAAGCAGUGAGGAGCUCAUAUUUCAGGGAAAGGUGACUGUCAACGGUUCUGUCUGCGAUACACCUCAGACAAAAGUUGAUCCUGCCAAGGAUAUUAUUUAUGUCAAGGGAAACCGCCUACCUAAAAAGUUGCCAUCAAAGGUGUAUCUUGCUCUCAAUAAACCUAAAGGAUACAUAUGCUCUUCUGGUGAGAAAGAGCCCAAAUCUAUUUUAUCCUUGUGUGCUGAUUUUCUGAAGAGUUGGGACAAAAAGAAUCCUGGAGAGCCAAAGCCACGGCUUUUUACUGUUGGGCGCCUAGAUGUUGCAACAACUGGACUAAUUAUUAUAACUAAUGAUGGUGACUUUGCUCAAAGAGUAUCACAUCCAUCUUCUAAUUUAACGAAGGAAUACAUUGCCACUGUUAAUGGUGAAGUUCAUAAACGACACUUACUGGCCAUUAUCCAAGGAACAACCAUUAAUGGUGUGCAUUGUACGCCUGAAUAUGUAGAACUCUUGCCUUGACAGCCAGAUAUUCUCAGAUCUCGUCUGCGUAUUGUGGUUAAUGAGGGAAGAAACCAUGAGGUUCGAGAACUGGUGAAAAAAGCUGGACUUGAGAUCCAUUCCCUAAAACGUGUACGUAUUGGUGGUUUCAAGCUUUCCUCUGACCUUGGGCUUGGUAAAUAUGUUGAACUGAAAGAAAACGACCUCAAAGCUUUGGGAUGGAAGAAGUGAAUUUCUGAAGAUGGACUAGUUUUUGCCAACUUGGCUAACCAAUGAGCAACUUCUGCACGACUAAUCAGAAAUGUGAUGUCUUAUCAGCAAAGGAUGACACUACAUUUUGGAGCCUCCGAGAAUAUGUCGCUGUAAUUUCUUACAUGCUGAGGCCUGCUCAUGUGGAGAUGUGAGAAGCUAGUUACCCAAAAAUGAAAGAUGUGCAGUCAAAGCAGAUAUUCUAGAAAAUUAUGCUCUAUAAGAUAGAUGCUUCAUGCACAAUCAAAUGCAAUUGAAUCACAAAUCAAGAUGGAAUCGAGAUGAAGAAUGUUGAUCAAUGUCUCCUCUGUAAAGUUAAUGAAUGAAGAACUUAUAUAAUUGUUUAUUGCAGUAAUAUUUGCUAGUAUUGCGUAUACCAAUUUUGUUAGAGAUUAAGAUGUAAGAACUCUUGAACUGAAUAUAUGGAACAAAUUUGACCCUAA